GCGUAGCAAAAACAGGAAGUAGGACCAAAACAAAGGAGCGGCAGCCGAGAGCGGACCUCCUCGCCGCCUCCCUUCCGCGCCCGCCCGUCCGGCCGCCCACCCCGAGGAGCCGCCCGACCAUGUCCAACAUGGAGAAGCACCUGUUCAACCUGAAGUUCGCGGCCAAGGAGCUGAGCCGCAGCGCCAAGAAAUGCGACAAAGAGGAAAAGGCCGAAAAGGCCAAAAUCAAAAAGGCCAUUCAGAAGGGCAACAUGGAAGUCGCGAAGAUCCACGCGGAGAACGCCAUCCGCCAGAAGAACCAGGGGGUGAACUUCCUGAGGAUGAGUGCGCGGGUGGACGCGGUGGCCGCCAGGGUCCAGACGGCGGUGACGAUGGGCAAGGUGACCAAGUCCAUGGCCGGCGUGGUCAAGUCGAUGGACGCGACGUUGAAAACCAUGAACCUGGAGAAGAUCUCCGCCCUGAUGGACAAGUUCGAGCACCAGUUUGAGACGCUGGACGUCCAGACGCAGCAGAUGGAAGACACGAUGAGCAGCACGACGACGCUGACCACGCCCCAGGGCCAAGUGGACAUGCUGCUCCAGGAGAUGGCGGACGAGGCCGGCCUGGACCUCAACAUGGAGCUGCCGCAGGGCCAGACCGACUCGGUGGGCACGAGCGUGGCCUCGGCGGAGCAGGACGAGCUGUCCCAGCGGCUGGCCCGCCUGCGAGACCAGGUGUAACCCCGGAGCUCCCCCUGGGGUCUCCCGUCGGCGGCCCCGUCUGAAACGCACUCCGGAUGCUGGGGGAGAGGUUGCACACUACAGCCUUCGAAUACGCUGGGACUGACCGAUCUUCGAUGCUUCCGCCUUCGGGUUUACAGCGCGCUCGGGUACAUUAAGAAAUUCCAGCCUCUCUCCACCCUUAACUGGAUGUUCAAGUUCUGUCUAUCUUGUGAUAAUGUGUAUUUUUAUAGCUGCCUUUUAACAGGACUCGUUAAUAACUUGGCGUAGAUGAGUCUUCCUCAAAAACCUUAUCAAAUCUCUAGUUCCUGUGUAUUCCGUUUUCUGCCUGAGCUAUCAAAAUCGAAGUUUAUUUUGAAUGUAGUGUCAUUGUUGGUAAUAUAUAGAAUUGACAUUCGGUACAUGAAAAGAAGAGAGUGAUUACUUUGCAGGGUUAACAACACCUCAUUCGACUUAUUUAAUGGACAGUGCCAUUUCUGUGUAUCCUUUGGUUUUUUUUGCCAUCAAAAUAAGACUACAGUUGACUGUUAAUCUGUUUCAUAACUUAUAUUAAAAUUACCUUAGGACAUCCUUGCAUAA